AUCAUUUCACAUUUUUCUUGCCAAGGGGGAAGAAAAAUAAGGCGGAGCCUCGGCCACGGAAUCGGAGUCCCUUUUUAACCUUUAUUUUGGCAGAGUGCGGUCCAAAGCUCAAGCAGAGCAGCGCCAUAGCCAUAGCCCAUAAGCACUGCUUGCCGAUGUCACUGUGCGAGGAACACGAACACGCAUACACUGUAUAACCCUUCAACGGCAAAUUAAACACCAACCCAAGUUUAGUUUUACUCCAAACUUCAAACCCAAUUCCCCUUUUCAGUCCUUACAUCUUCUUUCUUCUUCAAAAUCUCAUGAAUUUCCCCAUUACCCACCGACCCUGAAUUUUCAAUUUUCAAAUCGAGGGAAAACGACCAAACCCAACGGCAACGGGAGAGAUCGAGUAUGGUAUCUUAUGUGAGUGCGUUGCUUUAUGGCGUCGGAGGCUUGGUGGUCGCCGGAAUGGCGUUACUGGUCGCUUUUCAAGAGAGAUUGGUUUAUGUGCCGGUUCUUCCUGGGUUUACGAAAUCUUAUGCGAUUAACCCAUCUCGGCUUCGCCUUGUUUAUGAGGAUGUAUGGCUUCGAUCUUCUGAUGGAGUCCGCCUUCACUCGUGGUUCAUUAAACUCUUCCCCGAUUGCCGAGGUCCUACCAUCCUUUUUUUCCAAGAGAAUGCUGGAAACAUCGCCCAUCGUCUUGAAAUGGUCCGCAUCAUGAUACAAAGGUUACAGUGCAAUGUUUUCAUGCUUUCAUAUAGAGGUUAUGGAGCAAGUGAUGGUUAUCCUUCUCAGCAUGGAAUUACUAGAGAUGCUCAGGCUGCAUUGGACCAUCUUUCUCAAAGGACCGAUAUUGACACGUCUAGGAUAAUAGUGUUUGGAAGGUCACUUGGGGGUGCAGUUGGAGCAGUUCUUACCAAAAAUAACCCUGACAAGGUUGCUGCAUUGAUAUUAGAAAAUACUUUUACUUCAAUUUUGGAUAUGGCUGGAGUUUUGCUACCCUUUCUAAAGUGGUUUAUUGGAGGCCCUGGAUCAAAAGGUCCCAAGGUUCUCAAUUUUCUUGUGCGUUCUCCAUGGAGCACCAUCGAUGUAGUUGGCAAGAUUAAGCAGCCAAUUCUUUUCUUAUCUGGAUUACAAGACGAGAUGGUUCCCCCAGUUCACAUGCAGAUGCUGUAUGCGAAAGCAGCUGCUCAUAACAACCGUUGUCUCUUCGUCGACUUCGCCUCUGGCAUGCAUAUGGACACUUGGUUAGCCGGUGGAGAUCAUUAUUGGAGAACAAUUCAGCAGUUUAUUGAUCAGAAUGUGCCAGAGAAUAGAGAAAGUGAAUCAUCAGGAGACGACAAAGCUUUUGGCACUAGAUAGAUGAUGACUUGCUGCGAAGUGGGGUUUUGAAUUAUAUUGAUUUGGUCUUCCUUCUCCAAACUGAUUUGUGGCAUAUCCAGGAACUAGAAGGUCUCUGUCUCUUCUGUAAGAAGUUGGGUGCAGUUGAGAUUUAUCAGAGCAAAUGGAAUGUGCUAUAGUAGUAGUAGUAAUCAAAUAUUCACUUGGAGGGGCUUCCUUUUCUUAAUGGGUUUUUGGUUUUUAGGUUUCAGAUAUAUGGCAGAGAGUCAGAGUGCCCUUUGAUAUGGUACUAUUUGGAUUUCAACCAUUUUGGUUCCACACCAAAAAAACAACUAAUUUUAGUUGUGUAUGAUAAUUUGAAAGGCAAAAAGAAGAAAGAAAACCAAGGCAAAUGCUAAUUUUUGUUUUGUUUUGUUUUUUAAUA